AUGCUGAGGGAUUCUGAUAUAGAUUCCUUGAACGGGCACCUAGCUUCCUUAUCGCGUGAGCAACAAAAGCAACAUGACAAUCUACAGGACUUGCUCAGCCAGUUCAAGAGUUUGUUAGACGACUACAGCUCGCUUAAGAGCGACUACGAAGAGGUUAAAGAAGGCCGAGAGAAAUACAAAAGACAGGCCAGAGGCCAGGAUCGUAACCCUUUUGUCCUUGUCCUUGUUGACGGAGACGGAUAUCUCUUCAAAGAGCAUUUCCUAAAGCAUGGUAGCGAAGGUGGCAUUAAUGCAGCCCGCGAGCUGAGUGACUCUGUCAAAGAGCUUAUGCAUUCGACAAUGGGAAUGCAAGCGGAACAGUGUCGUAUCAUGGUUCGUGUCUAUGCAAACGUUCUCGGCUUGUCGAAGGCGUUAGCACGAGCUGGACUUAUGGGCCACGAGGCUCGAUCCAUGUCGCCAUUUACUUCGUCAUUUACCCGUGCGCAAGAGCUAUUUGAUUAUGUCGAUGCUGCAGAGAAGAAGGAAGGCAGUGAUUUCAAGAUCAGAGAAAUGUUUCGUCUCUUCGUGGAUCUCAACCAAUGCCGUCAUAUCUAUUUUGCCGGCUGCCACGACACUGGAUACGGCUCCCUACUGACGCCCUAUAGAGGCAGAGGUGACCGUAUCACCCUCAUCAAAGCCGCUGGUUUCCAUCGUGAAUUCGAAGCCUUGGAUCUCCCUAUCAGAGAGUUGCCUUCGGUGUUCAUGUCUACCCCUCUACUAAACAGCAAGCCGCCGACAGGCCCGGCAGCCUCUCCGAUUAUGACCAAAUUCAAUGGUGGAAACGGUGUCCCCCACCUUUCAAACGGCUCAAAUGGUACGAAUGGUGCAAAUACCACCAAGCCAAUCUGCAAGCACUUCCAAAAGGGUAUCUGCAAAUUCGGCAACGGCUGCAAUAAACAACAUGUUAUGCCGAACCAGUCAUUGAAUCAUCAACCGUCGCCUAAGCACUCAGGUGCAGGUGAUUCACCUAAACAGUUGUGGGCUUCUCCUACUGUCGUCGGUCGCAGCGAGGAUUUCCUUAGAUCCAUGCUCCCCUUGCCGAGCAUCAAAACUGAAGAAUUCAUUCCAGUCAAUAAAGAUGGGGACCGUAUCGACCCAUACUAUCCUCACCCGUCGCCUGAGGCCUUCGACGAAUACCACGCUCGAGCCAAGGAACACAAAGUCUGCAAUAGCUAUCAUCUGUCGGGAGAAUGUGGUGACAUGAGCUGCACAUACGACCACAGUGAUGUCUCUAACGUGAUCGUUGAGGUUUUGCGAUACAUGCUCCUCCAACACCCCUGCACUCGGGCCGGCGCUUGUCGGUCAAUCAAAUGCUACAUGGGUCACCUAUGCCAGAAGCCCGGAUGUAAAGCCGUGAAGAGCUGGCAGUGUCGAUUCAACCAAACUGCUCACACCCUUGAUCUUCAAAUCGCUCGAUGGGACGUGCCAAGCGACCAGAGCGAAAUUGAUCAAUGGUCUGUCAGCGACGCUUCUAUCGGGGAACGGUCGUCGUAUGCUUUCUAA